AUGUGGGUACAAGACCCUUUUGACGCUCUAUCCGUGGCUCGCAUUCAGCAAAAACAACGAGUCUUUACGCCCUUCGCGCUGCCUCUCCCUCGUAUCAUGCUGGUUUGGGGCGAGAAAUGGCCGUGUCUCACAAGAAGGGAGCCUGGUGGUGGGAGAUGGGCAUCCGAGAUGGGCGCUGGCACUCCAGGCGAUGCUGUAACAUUCAUCAUCGACUCUUUCCUGGCUAUUCCCCCCUCCGCCCCUCAUAUCCUCACACGUGCUCCAAGAUAUGCUGACCGCGCUCAAAGCCAGUUCAUUUGCGCCUGCCCAAGUCUCCUCUUCGCACUUAUCAUCUUCGAACUUGGAUUCCGAGCAACGUCCACAUCCACCGCUGCAUAUCUUCUCCCCUCUGACUUUCGACUCCCGCCAUUGUCCUUGUUCGCGUCAACGCUAAUGUGCGGCAAUGAUGACACCCUGCUAUCCCCGAAAGCAUUAUCGGUCUUCCUGUGUUUCGAUUGCUGUCGAGCGGACAGUCUCGAGUUUAACUAG